GACGCGGUGGCUGCUCCAACGGUACCGGCGGCGGCUCUUUCUGUGACCAGAGCUGAGAGCUCAGCAUCUCUCUUGUCAGCGGCACUUCCAGCGCCAGACAAGUAGGCGCAUUUUUCCUCGCCGCACUCCCAAGAGGAAGAGACAAAAUCCGGGAAAUUACCGAGGUCUACUGAGCAAAGCAGAAGACUCUCAUCUUCCCCCUAAACUCUGCAAAGAUGAACAUAGGCUGCGUCAUCGCGGCGUGCACCUUAUUCGCCGCAGCAUCCUCGGGGAGUAAGACGGGCCUGUCCGUAAAACCUCCGUGCAGGUCAGGCUUCUCCCAGAACUUCUACACGGUGAUAGUUCCCAGGGUUGCGCUGCACGGCCAGAACAUUCUCAAAGUGAAGUUUGAAGACUGCCAACACAGCAGAGAGGUGGGCUUUGUUAGCAGCGACCCCAACUUCAGCGUGAGGCCCGACGGGGCCGUGUAUGUCGAGCAGGCGUUUGCCAACCUCUCGGAACCCGUGCAAUUCAUGGUGACUGCUCGAGAGCUGUUUGACCCGCACAUCUGGGAGACCACUGUUAAGCUAGCACCCGCUGGACAUCCGCACCCGUUACCCCUGACCAAGGUUAGUAUUGAAGAAAUGCUAUCAAGAGCCUUGGAUUCCCAACCCAAAGUCAUCAAAUUUACCCGAAAACAUCAGAGAAGCUCCUACGGGAAUGGACUCAGGCGACAGAAGAGAGAUUGGGUCAUCCCGCCCAUUAACGUACCUGAGAAUUCCCGAGGACCCUUUCCUCAUAUGCUUGUCAGGAUAAUGAGACAAGAACAGACGACGUACAAAAAGAUUCGCUCGGACCAGGACAAAGAUGUCGGCAUCCGCUAUAGCAUCACUGGGGCGGGUGCCGAUCAGCCCCCCAGCGGCAUUUACAACAUCGACCCCAUCAGCGGCAACAUGUUUGUCACCCAACCCCUGGACCGAGAGGAGAGAGCCUCCUUCCAUCUGCGGGCCCACGCGGUGGACAUGAACGGCAACCAGGUGGAGAAUCCAAUCGAUUUAUACAUCUACGUGAUUGACAUGAAUGACAACAGGCCCGAGUUUAAGAAUCAAGUGUACAACGGCUCAGUAGCUGAAGGAUCCAAACCAGGCUCGUCUGUUAUGCAAGUGACAGCCAGCGACUCGGAUGACGCCACCACGGCCAACGGUAUGGUCCGCUACCGCAUUCUCUCGCAGACGCCCCACAGCCCCAUCCCCAACAUGUUCACCAUCAACAGCGAGACUGGAGACAUUGUCACAGUUGCAGCUGGUCUGGACAGAGAGAAAGUCUCCCAGUACACUAUUAUUGUCCAAGCCACUGACAUGGAAGGAAACUUGAACUUUGGCUUGUCCAACACAGCCACAGCCUUGAUCUCCAUCACAGACAUCAACGACAAUCCCCCAGAACUAACAGUCAGGACGUUUUCCGGAGAGGUGCCAGAGAACAAAGUGAAUGUGGUGGUGGCCAACCUGACGGUGGUGGACCGGGAUCAGCCUCACAGUCCCAACUGGAACGCGGUGUACCGUAUUGUCAGCGGAGACCCUUCCGGACAUUUCACCAUCCGCACAAACCCUGUCACCAAUGAGGGCAUGCUGACUGUAAUUAAGCCAGUGGACUUUGAGAUGAACCGGGCUUUCAUGCUGACCGUGGUGGUGUCCAAUCAAGCCCACUUGGCCAGUGGCAUCCAGUCAUCGCUCCAGUCCACUGCCGGCGUCACCAUCUCGGUUCAGGAUGUGAACGAGCCUCCCGUUUUCCCGGUUAACCCCAAACCGAUCCGCUUUGAGGAGGGCGUUUCGGCAGGGACGACGCUUACCGUGUUUUCAGCUCAGGACCCGGACCACUUUGUCCAUCAGAUUGUCAGAUAUUCAAAGCUAUCAGAUCCCGCAAACUGGCUGAGGAUCAACAGGACCAACGGUCAGAUAACGACAAUGGCCCUACUUGACCGAGAAUCCAUGUAUGUGAAAAACAACAUAUAUGAGGCCACAUUUCUGGCCUUCGACAAUGGUAAGUCUGGCUCGCCUCAAGCCAGCGGGACAGGAACCCUCCAGAUCUACUUGAUCGAUGUGAAUGAUAACCCGCCCGUGCUGAUACCCCAGGAGGCGCAAGUGUGCCAGCGGGCACGCCCAAACUCCAAAAUCAAUAUCACAGCUUCAGACGCUGAUUCAGACCCCAAUGUGGGACCGUUUGGUUUUGAUCUACCGGCCUAUCCUCCCAGUUUGCGCCGCAAUUGGACCAUUACCAGACUCAGCGGCGACCAUGCUCAGCUGAGGUUAAGGAUUCCAUACUUGGAGGCCGGCGUGUACGAGAUUCCCAUCACCGUGUCGGACUCCGGGAACCCUCAACUUUCCAACCGCUCCUUGAUCCGAGUCAAAGUGUGUCCGUGUGACGACAACGGGGACUGCAGCGCCACGGGGGCCGUCGCGGCCGCCGGCCUCGGCACAGGCGCCAUCAUCGCCAUACUCAUCUGUAUCAUUGUGCUACUCAGCAUGGUUCUCUUGUUUGUGGUGUGGAUGAAACGCAGAGAGAAGGAGAAGCAGGCAAAGCCCCUUCUCAUCGACCCUGAAGACGACGUCAGAGACAAUAUCCUCAAAUAUGAUGAGGAAGGUGGAGGAGAGGAGGAUCAGGACUAUGACCUGAGCCAGCUCCAGCAACCAGAAUCUUUGGACCACAUCAUCAGUAAACCGGUGGGAGUACGCCGAGUGGAUGAAAGGCCUGUCAUCCCAGAGUCGCAGUAUCCCGUCAGACCCAGUCUGCCCCACCCUGGAGACAUCGGAGAUUUCAUUCAUGAUGGUCUUCGGGCAGCAGACAACGAUCCCACGGCGCCGCCCUACGACUCCCUGCUGGUGUUUGACUACGAGGGCAACGGUUCGACCGCCGGCUCUGUCAGCUCGCUCAACUCCACCAACUCGGGUGACCAAGACUACGACUACCUCAACGACUGGGGCCCUCGUUUCAAGAAGCUGGCGGACCUCUACGGUGGAGGGGACGAUGACUGAGAGCGAAGGAGGGGAGGGGAUGGGGUGGGCGGGGACGGCUUGCGAGAGGGCGGGGGGGUUCUUCGGCGUGAGGCGGCUCAUUUGGACGGACGCCCCCCCCGGAAAGCACGGGUACAAGCCGGAGACGUGACCCAGGUUGGAGACAUGUGAGGAGUGGACCCUUACAUGGGCUGUUGAAGCUCACUGGAAACAUGAAGUCCACUGCAACUGUAUUCUGGCUUUAUACUUUUCAAAUGUGUCCGUAUUGUUCUCUUUCUUUUGUUGUUGUUGUUCUCUCACCGUGCUGGACCCCGAACUCUCUGGGGACAAAUCAAGGCGGUCGUGAGAGGCGCACCUCCUGAACUUAAGCUUUGAUUGAUUGUUCAAAAGAAAAUGACCACGUCUUGCUUUAGUCUCACGCUGAAGAGAAUGUUUCCGGGGAUAUGCCCUGUGACUCUCUCAACUUGAAUUUCCUUAGAACAGAAGCACUGUCAUUUUAUAAAGUGCCUUUUGUGGUGUGAUUUUUGUAUCAGACUCCUGCUAUCUCAGGAUCGGUUGCCAUUCAUGCAGUACGGGAGAGGUCUGUCGCGUGCGUCAUCGCCUGCCCUUCGGCCUUGCCCGUCACUACCCCCUGAAACCCCGCCCCCUCCCCUUCAGCGCGGUCCAGGAGAGAAAGGCACAACCAGGACACACUAUUCACGCUCACGGGAACAAGGCCCCAAGUUAGCGAGGACAAACUUCUUGCCCAAGGAGUUGUUCUGUUUCUCGGUCACAAGUAUCACACAAAUCCAGGGACGAGCCGGUAUUGUGUUACAUCAUUUUUAUACUGAUUUGGGAUUUGUAAAUUGGUGGAGAAUGCCUGCCUUUCCUCUGUGGACUCAGACAUUUAGGGAGCCUUGAUGUUGAGAUGUUUGCCUGCCCUCUAUGGUUGUUGUGUUGCUUUCUCCACACUUGUUAAACUUCUAUUGGCAUGAUCUGAAGAAAGCGGGGACCUUAAAUGACUCAGAAUCAAGCCCCGAAACAUUAUCCACACCUUUAACAUUCCCGUUUUUUACAGUCCAGCGACAGUCUUGGAAGGUGCAUGAUUUUUUUUUUCCAAGUUUUCUUCAAAUCACUUGUUAGUAUGUGGUGAGAAUGUGAAAAUAGUCAACAGAAACUGUAUAAAUAUACUCUGUAUAAAGACACUGAAAAAAUAAAAACACUGUAACAUACAUCA